AAGAUCACCUCCGCCUAUAAAACCAUCCGCUCUCAGCCAAAGACGUAUCAGUGACCAAGCUGACUUCGCCACUUGCAGCAAUGGCUUCCAAAACUUUCAUUCUCUUCGCCGCAGUCGCAGUCGCUCUGCUGAGCGUUGCCACCGCGAAGCACUGCGAGGGCGGGAGACUCGACAUCCUCGAAGCGAUGAUGGACGUGUGCUCGAAGUACGUCACAGGCUCGCGCUGGUUCAUUCCCUCCCUGUGCAGCGGACAAGUUAUCAACGAACUGGAAAAACAACCUCAUUGCUCAGUAAAGGACGCUGUGAAACUAAUGGGUGAUUGUUUCGGAGGCGCAGCCGGAAGAGACAAGGCCGAGGCUUGCCUCCAGAGCGCUAUUGACAGCGGAGUCUGUUGUUAACCACCGAAUUUUACAAUUUUGUAAAUAUAAAUAAAAUAAACUUACCAAUGUGUGGUACUACACUUUAAAGUGUGACACGCAUGGCAUUGCACUAAGUGCUUGUAAAUUUGCAA